AGACCCGUGGGGCGGUACGGCGCGCAGCGGCAGUAGUGCGAACCAUGGGAGGCGGCUGGUGGUGGGCUCGGGCCGCCCGGCUGGCCCGUCUCCGCUUCCGGAGGUCGUUACUGCCGCCUCAGCGGCCCCGGAGCGGGGGUGCUCGGGGGUCCGUUGCUCCUGGCCACGGCCCCCGCGCCGGGGCUUCGCCGCCCCCGGUGUCCGAGCUGGACCGUGCAGACGCCUGGCUCCUCCGGAAGGCGCACGAGACAGCCUUCCUCUCCUGGUUCCGAAAUGGCCUCCUGGCAUCGGGCAUCGGGGUCAUCUCCUUCAUGCAGAGUGACAUGGGUCGGGAAGCAGCCUAUGGCUUCUUCCUGCUGGGCGGCCUGUGCGUGGUGUGGGGCAGCGCCUCGUACACAGUGGGCCUGGCGGCGCUGCGAGGACCCAUGCAGCUGACGCUGGGGGGCGCGGCCGCGGGCGUGGGCGCCGUGCUGGCCGCCAGCCUGCUCUGGGCGUGCGCCGUGGGCCUCUACAUGGGGCAGCUGGAGCUGGACGUGGAGCUGGUACCCGAGGACGACGGGGCGGCCUCCGCGGAAGGCCCUGAUGAUGCGGGUCGGCCACCACCUGAGUGAGCCACACGGCCGCGGGGCUUGGCAGGCGCUGGACGGCGGCGCCCGAGGACUGGGACAUUAAAACCUGACCUCCCCUCCUCCA